AUGACGAACUUCCCAUGCCUACAUGUCCUGACCCUUCUCCUUUGCAUCAACCUUCUCCAACCUGCCACUUUUGAAAGUUCAUUUGGCAAUGAAACCGAUCACUUGGCUUUGCUCAAAAUCAAAGAAUCCAUAGUCUCUGAUCCACGCGGGUUUUUGAAUUCAUGGAAUAACUCCCUUCACUUCUGCAAAUGGAAAGGAAUUACUUGUGGCAGACGACAUCAAAGGGUAACAGUCUUGAACCUACAAAACGCUGAGUUGCAUGGAACCAUAUCACCAUGCAUUGGCAACCUCUCAUUUCUCAGGAACUUCGGCCUUGGCAACAACAGCUUCUCCGGCAAGAUCCCCGAACAAGUCGUUCAUUUGUUCCGACUGCGAAGUCUCAAUCUAACUUUCAACAUGUUGGAGGGGGAAAUUCCAGUCAACCUGACCUUCUGUCAGGAACUAAAUGUCAUAAGUAUUGCACAAAACCGCCUUACCGGAAAAAUUCCAUCAGAGAUUGGCUCAUUGAUGAAACUUGUGCAUUUUAACAUAGACUGGAACAAUCUGUCAGGAGGCAUCCCAACUUCCUUAGGAAAUCUUUCAUCACUCAUUCAACUUUCCUUAGGAGGGAACAAUUUGGAGGGCACAGUUCCGGAGGAGAUAGGACGACUCAGAAACCUCCGUGUUUUAGAGCUAAACUCAGGAUAUCUCUCUGGUAUGGUACCUCCCUCCAUUUAUAACCUGUCAUCAAUAAUAAUCAUUUCAAUUGUGGAAAAUAAGUUUAAGGGAAGUUUUCCUCCUGGUAUAGGCCUUAGCAUGCCUAAUUUACAGGGAUUGUAUCUGGGGGGUAAUGGAUUCUUGGGACAAAUCCCAGCUUCGCUUUCCAAUGCUUCCAAACUUCAGCACCUUGAUGUUUGGGAAAAUGAUUUUGUAGGGCAAGUUCCCUCUAGUUUUGGAAACCUUCCUAAUAUCCAGUGGCUCAAUUUCGCUUGGAAUAAUCUAGGGAACCACUUUCAAGGUAUAAUACCUUCUUCUUUAGCUUCUUUGAGAGGUCUUCAGCAUCUAGAUCUUUCAGGGAACAAUUUGUUCAGCCAAAUUCCAAAAGAUCUUCAGAGACUUCCAUUCUUGAUGUAUUUGAACCUUUCUUUCAAUAAUCUGGAGGGUGAGGUACCGGAAGGAGUGUUUCAAAACACAAGUGCAAUAUCAUUGGAUGGAAAUACAAAACUUUGCGGUGGUGUUCCAGAGUUGCAGCUACCAGCAUGCCCUAUCAAUGCAUUAAAGAAGAGAAAGUUGAGUGGUAUCAAACUAAAGUUAACAAUUUCUUUAGUGACUGGAUGCUCUCUUCUGUUUGCAAUCCUUGUAGUUUUUUAUCAGAUGAGAAAGAAUCAAAAGAAGAAACUGUUAUCUAAGGUGUCAUCAAUCGGCUUCCUUUCAAAGGUUUCAUACCAGACACUUCAUCAAGCUACUGGAGGAUUCUCUCAGAGCAAUCAAAUUGGAUUAGGCGGUUUUGGCACUGUGUAUAAAGGAAUUCUUGAUCAAACAGAAAACAGUGUUGCUGCCAUUAAGGUCUUCAACCUUCAACAAAAAGGAGCUUCCAAGAGUUUCAUGGCUGAAUGCAAUGCACUCAGAUAUAUCCGGCACAAGAAUCUUGUGAAGAUCAUCACUUGUUGCUCCAGCAUUGAUAACAAUGGUAAUGACUUCAAAGCUCUAAUUUAUGAGUAUAUGUCAAAUGGAAGUUUAGAUGAGUGGCUGCACGGAGAUACCGGAUCAAGGAGUUUGAGCCUUGUUCAGAGACUGAAUAUUCUUGUUGAUGUAGCUUCUGCAUUGUGUUAUCUUCAUGACCAUUGUGAACCAGAAAUUAUUCACCGAGACUUGAAGCCAAGCAAUGUUCUUCUAGAUGAUGACAUGGUUGCUUGUGUCAGUGAUUUUGGGCUAGCAAGACUCAUCUCACCGACCCCGGACUCUCAAAAUCAAAGUAGCACGAUCGGAGUAAAGGGAACCAUUGGCUAUGUUGCUCCAGAGUAUGCAGUCGGUGUUGAGCCCUCAAAACAAGGGGAUGUAUAUAGUUAUGGGAUUCUUGUGUUGGAAUUAUUUACAAGAAGAAGACCAACCGAUGAAAUGUUUGUAGACAAUUGCAAUAUCCACACUUUUGUCAAGAUGGCCAUACCAGGAAGGCUAAUACAGAUUGUAGAUCCUACGUGGCUACAACAUGAAAUCGAAGCAGAUGAAGAAGACACUGACAUUGUGAAUUUAAACACGAUGAACAGAUACUUGUGGAAGUGCAUACUUCCAAUCCUUAAGAUUGGACUUGCAUGCUCCGGAGAAUCACCAAGGAAUCGAAUGACUAUGGAGGAGGUUCUCAGGGAGCUACACCACAUCAAAAAAUGCUCACUCCAUAUGGGAAGAAUUGUGAACACUAUGUCUCGUAAUACUGGAGAUGUGCGAAGGCAAGAAAUCAGCAUCGAAGUGAGAAGUACUAUAGAUUUCCCAAGAGUUAGAGACUAG